AUGGUCGAAACUUGUCAGAGCCUCGCUGAAGGAUGGCUAAAGCAGGUCGGAACAUUGCUAGUGGAUGGUCGGGGAAGGUCAGAACGUCGCCAAAAGGCAACUAGAAGGUCGUCGAAAGACAGCGAGUGCAGGUCAGAACAUCGCUGGAUGACAACUAGAAUGUCAUCGGAAGAUGGCCGAGGCAAAUCAUCGGAGGACGACCGAAGUGACGCUGGAGAUCGUCGAAGUGAUGCCAACUUCCGGCACCAGAGGAUGGCCAAAACAACGCAAGAGACUGACUAG